ACUUUUCAACUUCUUUCUACAAGAGCUCUACUUAUCUUCGAAGAUGGCAACGCCUAAGCUCCUCCUCUUCACGGUGGCACUACUUCUUCUAACCCUCAUCGACUUAGCAACUCCCUUAAAGCAGUGCCCCGACUGCGGUAACCAAACGGUGCCGUUCCCCCUCAGCACAUCCACAACAUGUGGGGAUCAGUCCUACAAGAUCCGCUGCGACGCAGGCACACUCAUCUUCGACACCCUCAACAACUCCUAUCCAAUCACAUCCAUCGCCGCCUCAGACCAACGCCUCGUCAUUGCGCCCUCACAGCUGCUACCCUCCACCUGCGUCACAUCCGAUAUCUCCACCCAGGGUGUCCAGCUCAACUCCUCUCUCCCCUUCAACGUCACCAGCAGCAACACCAUCAUGUACCUCAACUGCUCCGACUCCCUCCUCCGCUCCCCGCUCAACUGCUCCUCCGCCAGUCUCUGCCACACCUACCUAAACUCCUCCUCGGACCGCGCCUCUACCAUAUGUAGCAGGGACAAGUCUCUCAUGUGCUGCACGUUCAGAGCCGGGGGUUCGUCGAACUCGUACAUGAUCCGAGUCCGGGAGUCCGGGUGCAGCGCGUACACGAGCUUCGUGAACUUAGACCCGACCUUGCCGGUGGGCCGGUGGCCCCAGCCAGGGUUGGAGAUCCAGUGGGUUUCGCCGAGGGAGCCCGUUUGUGGGGGCCAGUCCGAUUGUGCGGACGAUGGAGGGAAGUCCACUUGUGGGCCCGAUCCCUCGGAUGGUAGUGUCAAGAGAUGCUUUUGUAACGGUGGGCUCGUAUGGGACCCUAUUAAGGGAUUAUGUGCGGAAAAUGUUACGUGUCAAGAUCCUGACGGUUGCAGCAAUUCAAAGCGGACUGCACUUAUUGCGGGUUUGACCUCCGGCAUCGGCGGAGCUCUCAUUGUAGCUACCAUAGUUACCAUCCUCUACAAACGCCAUAGACGCAUCAAAGAAGCUCAGGACCGCCUAACCAAAGAGCGUGAAGAGAUAUUAAACGCCAACGGCGCCGGAGGAAGAGCCGCCAAAGUUUUCACGGGCAGAGAAAUCAAAAGAGCAACAAACAACUUCUCCAAAGACCGCCUCCUUGGCUCCGGUGGCUACGGCGACGUCUACAAAGGCUUCCUCCUCGAUGGCACCACCGUCGCCAUUAAAUGCGCCAAACUCGGCAACACCAAAGGCACCGACCAAAUCCUCAACGAGGUCCGAAUCCUCUGCCAGGUCAACCACCGCAACCUCGUCCGCCUCCUGGGUUGCUGCGUCGAGCUCGAGCAGCCAAUCAUGGUCUACGAGUACAUCGAAAACGGCACUCUUCUCGACCACCUCCGAGAAAAACGACAUAGUUUAACGUGGACAGACCGUCUACGUGUGGCCCGUGACACGGCGGAGGGUCUCUCCUACCUCCACUUCUCGGCGGUGCCACCCAUAUACCACCGAGAUGUGAAGUCAAGUAACAUUUUACUAGACCAGAAGAAGAGCGCCAAGGUUUCGGAUUUUGGGUUGUCUCGACUGGCUCAUACCGAUAUGAGCCAUGUCUCGACUUGUGCGCAAGGCACUCUUGGUUACCUUGAUCCGGAAUACUAUAGAAACUAUCAGUUGACCGACAAGAGCGAUGUUUAUAGUUUUGGUGUGGUUUUAUUGGAGCUUUUGACUUCUCAGAAGGCUAUAGAUUUCACGAGAGAGUCAGACGAUGUGAACUUGGCUGUUUAUGUUCAGAGAAUGGUGGCAGAGGAGAGGUUGAUGGAGGUGGUUGAUCCAGUUCUGAAAGAAGGGACGACAGAUUUAGAGAGAGAUACUAUGAAGGCCUUAGGGUUUUUGGCCGUGGGGUGUUUGGAGGAACGUAGACAAAACAGGCCUUCCAUGAAAGAAGUUGCCGAGGAGAUUGAUUAUAUUAUGAGUAUUGCAACGGCUAAGGUUGUAGAUGUAUAAUAUAUACUAAUAAAUUAGUAUAUGCAUGUAUUGUUUUUGUUUAAGGAUGUUUUUGUGUGUAUAAUUGUUAUAAAAUAAUAUAAUGUUGAUUAAAUAAAUGUGAAAAAUAAAAUAAUGUGUGACAAAUCAAUUUUGUCAAGUUUAUAACAUAA